AGCCGCCGCCGCCGCCGCCCGGGGCCGCGCCGCCCCCGCCAUGGAGGCCAACUGGACCGCGUUCCUCUUUCAGGCACACGAAGCCUCCCAUCACCAACAGCAGGCAGCACAGAACAGUUUGUUGCCUCUCCUGAGCUCUGCUGUUGAGCCGCCCGAUCAGAAGCCGAUUCUGCCCUUACCAAUAACGCAGAAACCUCAGCCUGCACCAGAAACAUUAAAGGAUGCUAUUGUUGGGAUUAAAAAGGAAAAACCUAAAACCUCCUUUGUGUGCACUUACUGCAGCAAAGCUUUCAGGGACAGCUACCAUUUGAGGCGUCACGAGUCCUGCCACACAGGGAUAAAGUUAGUGUCACGGCCAAAGAAAACUCCCACCACAAUGGUGCCCCUUAUCUCGACCAUCGCCGGUGACAACAGCCGGAGUUCGCUGGUUUCGACUAUCGCAGGCAUCCUGUCCACUGUCACUACGUCUUCCUCUGCCACCAACCCCAGCAGCAGCGCCGGCGCCACGGCCAUGGCGGUGACGCAGACGGUGAAGAAGCCCAGCAAGCCCGUGAAGAAGAACCACGCCUGUGAGAUGUGUGGGAAGGCCUUCAGGGACGUCUACCACCUCAACCGGCACAAGCUGUCCCACUCGGACGAGAAACCCUUCGAAUGUCCCAUUUGCAAUCAGCGCUUCAAGAGAAAGGAUCGCAUGACCUACCACGUGAGGUCUCACGAAGGUGGCAUCACGAAACCCUACACCUGCGGGGUGUGUGGAAAAGGCUUCUCAAGGCCUGAUCAUUUAAGCUGUCACGUUAAACAUGUUCACUCAACAGAGAGACCCUUCAAAUGCCAAACGUGCACUGCUGCCUUUGCCACCAAAGACAGACUGCGGACACACAUGGUGCGCCAUGAAGGAAAGGUAUCGUGUAAUAUCUGUGGUAAACUUCUGAGUGCAGCAUAUAUCACCAGCCACUUAAAGACACACGGGCAGAGCCAAAGUAUCAACUGUAAUACCUGUAAACAAGGCAUCAAUAAAACAUGCAUGAGUGAAGAGACCAGCAACCAGAAACAGCAACAGCAGCAGCAACAGCAGCAGCAACAACAACAGCAGCAGCAGCAGCAGCAGCAACAACAACAGCAGCAACAGCAGCAGCAGCAGCAGCAACAGCAGCAGCAGCAGCAGCACGUAACAAGUUGGCCUGGAAAGCAGGUAGAGACCCUGAGAUUGUGGGAAGAGGCCGUCAAAGCCAGGAAGAAAGAAUGUCAGUUCACCUUUGAGAAGGCUAUAGAGUACGUACCAUUCGAAGCUGCUAACUUGUGCCAAACCUCCACUGCUGCUACUACGCCUGUGACUCUUACUACUCCAUUCAAUAUAACGUCCUCUGUGGCUUCUGGGACUAUCACAAACCCAGUCACAGUGGCAGCUGCAAUGAGCAUGAGAAGUCCAGUAAAUGUAUCAAGUGCAGUUAAUAUUUCCAGUCCGAUGAACUUAGGGCAUCCUGUAACCAUAACCAGUCCUCUGUCCAUGACCUCUCCAUUAACGCUCACCACCCCGGUGAACCUGCCCACCCCGGUGACCGCUCCAGUGAACAUAGCGCACCCCGUCACCAUCACGUCCCCCAUGAACCUGCCCACCCCCAUGACGCUGGCUGGCCCCCUCAACAUAGCCAUGAGACCAGUGGAGAGCAUGCCUUUCCUGCCCCAGGCCUUGCCCACCUCUCCUCCCUGGUAAACAAGUUCUAAACAGUAUUAAAAAGGAUUAAAAUGGAAUCCUUACCAGCAGUUCUUUUUUGGGUUUUGUUUGGUUGGGUUUUUUUUUUGUUUUGUUUUGUUUUGUUUUUGUUUUUGUUCUAUUGGGGUUUUUUUGUUUUGUUUUGUUUUAGUUAAUAAUAAAUUCAGAUUAAGACACUGGGGCAACACCAUCAGAGACCACAGCAGCAUCUUCCCCUUGAUUUGGCUCACAUGGUUCAGGCUUGAGUUUCACUGGAGCACUUCAUUUAAGUAAGUUUUACAUUGUAGCUGACUGAUGCUGAAUUAGAGCAGAUACUUAUUUGCCAGAGUUUAAAAAAAAAAAGGAAAAAAUACCAAAAAAAGGUAAUUAAAAAUCCAGUUUUAUGUUUUAUCCCCUCAAAUUAUAACUUAGAAAAUUAUUUUAAUCUAAACACUAGCGAAGACCCCUCUGUAUCUGUGACAGGGUGGAUGGCUCAUUUUAACCUGCCAGGCAAGUCCACUGUUUCUGAGCUAGUGUAGAACCUUUGUCUGUGUUGAUGUUUUUUUUUUUUUUUUUUUUUUUUUUUUUUUAAUGAGUAAAUGCAUUACAAUGUUGUCAUUUAAAAAAAAAAUGCAUUUUUGGAGAAAAUAUGCAUUUUACCUUUGGGAAUAUGGUAAUUUCAGGCAGCAUUCCCUAUGGGAAAGGUGAUACCAGCUCUGAUAUGCAAAGCAUAUGAUAACUUAUCAUUCUAACUUCAACAUAUAAUAGGGAUUGUGACCUGAUAUUUGGAGAUGUAAAUAUUACCCAACAUAUUACCCUAAGGGAAUAGAGCAUUGUAGUCAACAUUUUUUUAAAAAAAACCUGUUAUUGUUUGGUGAGAAACAGCCAUGGCUGACAGAAGAGGAGUCGAAAUGUAAACAUGGUCUCUGAACAGUCAGACCCCCAUGGGACUCUUAUCUAGGAGCAAAAGGAGUGCUUGGAAACUUAAGGAAAAUUGCUUUAAGCUGGAAGAUUCUGGAGGCCCUGGGUGUGAUUUUUAUGCCCUCUGCCUCCCAGUCAGAGCCUGCUGAUGUUUCAGCAGGGGACAGACGUGUUAGUUGUUCACUAGAAGUUUUGUCUUAUAUUAAAUUGUAUACAGUUUUUAUUCUAACCACUAACUAGGUAGGAUGCCCCUCCAGGACAAGCAGAGAGCGUCUUUUAAUUUCUCCCCUAUUUCUUAAUCAAGUGUUGUGCAAAUCUGUUCAACUUUGUAAAUAUUUGCAAACAUCAUCAUUUUUACGUUAUUCUUCUAUUGUGUUAACACAUUUCUAUCAAUUUGUGGGAGUUCUGGGGUGCUGAGCUGUCCAGCCCAGAACUGCUCAUAAAUGGUCACACAUGUUUAAGCUACAUGUGCUUUUUUUUCUUAACCUGUUUAUCUGUACAUAAAGUAGAAAGCAAAGUCUAGGGAAACAGAUAUACUUUUUAGACUAUCAUGUCAAAUAUUCACAUUUUUAAAACUUUGUUUAAAAAAAAAAAACAAACCACCCUAAACCCAACCUCUACAUUAAAUAAUAAAAAAAAAAAAAGAGGAAAAAAAAAAAAAGAAAUGACAGUUGAGAUGUUUUUAUCUUAAUGAAGUUGAGAGCUCUGGAGAUUAGCGUGUGCAUUUUCACAGAGUGCUAGCAGGACUGCCCAGUCACACUGGACUGCUUCCGUUCCUCCCCGGCCGUGUCCGUGCGAGCAGUGAUUGCCAGGCUGCUGGCUCAGGUGACAGGUAUCUGUAUCCUUAUGUGGAACUGUUCUAGGGGCUUGGACUACAUAGUAAAACAAAAACAAACAAAAAAAAAUAAUAGAGCUUAGUGUAAAAUAAUUUUAUAAAUGAUCUUUUGUACUUUAGGACAUCAAAUUGUACAACUUUUGUAUAUAUAAAAGCUUAGGAACUUUCUGUUUAGCAGAAAGGAAACACAUUCCUACACUUUUAAUGUAUAUGUUUGUUAUAAUGUCCAUGUAAACAUAUGCCCUAUGUUUGUGCCUUUUAAUUAGUUUGUCUCAAUAAACAAAAAUGUAGAGAAGAAUAUGUAGCUAUGACUUUGUUACCACUGUUCUUCCUCCAGGUGUGUAGAGGUCUUUGUUUUGGCCCUGUGUAGAGCCCGGCGUGCACGGCCAGCAUGUCCCCAGCCCCGCUGCCCCGGCCCCGCUGCCACCUCCACACCGUCCUGCAUGUUGGGACCUGUAGUUCCCCAGCCAUCUCUGCCAUCCCUGGCCACCACACCACCUUGCACCAGUCUCCCAAAGUAGGUAGAGCCUUCUGGGUCUGGGUAAACACAGCGAUGACCCUUAGGUGAAAUUUGGGUAUCCCUGAGCUUAAAAAAAACAAAAAGAGAACAACAGCAUUAAAAGCCAAUAUGAAAUUGUGUACCAGAAGUGGUUAUCUAUGAAUUACUUACAAUAAACAGGUGUGAGACUUAAUUGUAUGUUGUCAAUUACUGCAGUAUUGACAGUGGGUCCCUUGUACAGCCAGCUGUUAUUUUUAUCCCAGCAGUGUAGCAGUAGAAUAAACACAUUAAACACCGGCAAGGAAAUUUUUCACCGUGACAGAGGCUUCCCAAACCACUAACCACGGUGCUCUUAGUGUGGCGUAGGAAAAGGGCUGUUUCCUUUUUAUUUUAUGUUGGUUCUGCUCGACUGUACCUGGUUUAUGUCCACAAAGCUGCAUUAGCUAAUUGUCGACCUGUUUCAUUUGUACUUGGGUAAACAUUUGCUUUGUACCGUGUAUUAAUGGGUCCGAGGUGUGCUCCUCUGCUGUCUCAGUGCGGACGUUGCCUUCGCUCUGUAAUGCCAUCCUUGCAAAUACAUUAAGCUGUUUUUCUGACAAACAAAGGCUACCUGGUGCAGUAGUUUGUACGACGUGCAUGCUCCCUGCUGAGCCGUGUCCGUGCUGGCCGGGGAUCCGCCGGCACCUCGCAGCGCCGCCGAGUUCAGGCUCUGAGAAAAUGGUGGACGUGAAGAACAGAUGCUCCUGUUACACUGAGUUAGUUCCUAUGCAGCUGAUGCGCUUAGCCUAGUUUAUUUCAUGGAAACUUUUAAGCUGGAUGGAAUCCAACAUCCAGGGAAGCCUAUUGCCGCCGCUGGUUCGAGUGGGGUUUAUAUCGAGCCCAUUCAGGUCUCCGAUUGCAAGGAGUUCAAUAGGGGGUUUAUUUUUCUCCUUCUGAAGUUUCCGUAAGCAUUCAGCGUGAGGUGAAUGGCUUAGGCCGGCGGCAGCUUGGGAGCUGGAUUUUGCCUUGGAAGGAUGUGUGCUGUGCAAAGUCAGAGCAGGCAGAUGGAGGGCACGGGAAGGCAUCCUCGGGGCAAGGAGAGCGCGGGGAGGUGGCCACAGGGACGUAAGUAUUGCAGCACAGCCAGCCAUGCUGCCAGAAAUGGGGUGCAGGCUAUACAGGGGCUGCUUUUCUCUUUAUUGGAACACCCCAACACCUCCAGAGUGUGUUCAGGGUGAAGAGAAAUUUGGGAUUCAACCUUUUUUUCAAGCAUUACAACUCAGUAUUGAAAUUUGGGAAAGUUCCGUUCAGUCAUGAUGGAUCAGAGAGAAACACGUUUUAGUCUCAGCAUACAAGUUUAAUUCUAUUAGCCAUUGAUACAAAUAAAACACUUUUUUCCCUCUUACAACAAUUUUUUCCUUAGAGAGGCAAAAAGAAAGAAAUAUUUAAUGUGUUUGCAUUUGUCCACAAGAGGUUUAAAGAAAACCACCCAGACCCCAGUAAGCUGCUGAGCUGCAGCAAUCCCAGGUUACAUAAAGGGGUCGGGGCUGCCGAGGAUUAGCCGGGGCAUUCCGGGUGCUGAUAAGCCUCCAAGUUCUGCCUGCUCUUCCCUCGCUUUUAUUUUAGAAACAGCCACUCUGAGCCCUAUCCUGAAAACUGCCUGGGGUUCAUUUUCAAGGCUGUCGGGGUUAGAUUCCCACCAAAGAGAGAAAAUUGGAAUUUAAAGAACGCUCAGGUUGUUCAAGCAUCGAGCACUGUGGUAGUUUUUAUCUCAGGGUCCCUGUACAGGAGCUGACUUGUUGAGAAAUGAAUGACAGUUUCUCACUGCUGGGCCCUUCCAAAAACUCCUGCCCUGCUUCAUUGGUAGCUUAGUUUAUCCAUCUCAAAAAUAGAUUUAACAGUAAUUUCAAAAGGCAGCUAUUAAAAGCUCCUCAAGUUUUUUAAUGCCAUUGGGGUUUCAGUGCUUAAGUGGACCUUUUAACCAGUGCUUUUUAGGAGAAAAAGUGUAAGAAUAAGUCUUGUCUCCUAACUGUCAGAGAAUAAAACAAAUGAAACCUGAUCCCCUUCUACGUAUUUGUGUAAUUCAGCAUGUUUAUACUUCUUGCUUAUCUUUGGAUUGUUCACUCACAGCUCCCAGCGCAGCAGCCGAGGGAUGACAGAGGAACUACGUGCUAAUUUUUAUGUCAAAAAUAGCUUUCACCUUUAAAGGCACACGCCUCAGUGGCUGUUUUCUAAUUACAAAAGGAAUGCCAAAGCUUCUCCCGCGAAUCCAUUUUACAGCUGUGCUCAGAUUGGACUGUCAGCCCCUGGUUAAAAUUGAGUGCUGAGGUCCUGACCUAGAAACAAACCUUUUUUGGUAUUGCUUUGGAAAGAGUGUUUCAGUGCUGAGGAGCUGAGCCAGGCUGUCCAGCCAGCUCCCUCCACACGCCUGGCGACAGCCACAGCCUCCCGUCCUUCCUUCCAUCGCACUCUGCAUCGCCUGGAGCCCAGAGCAGGGCCACUGGGCAAGCCAGGCUGAUGAGUCUGAGAAUAAUACACAUUUUCUUGUUUUCUUCAGCUUUCUGGGCUAGUCUAGUGGAAUGUGUCCCUGCUCUGGUGGGGUUUUAGAGUGAGAUGAGCUUUGAGUUUCCCUUCCAGCCCAAACUGUUCCAGGUUUCUGUGAUUUUUAGAAGUCCCAGCUUUUCCUUUAGGGAAGCAUCAGUGCUUUCUGAAAACCAGACAUUUGGUAUCUGCAGUUCAGAGCAUUUACAAUCACUGCCUCACAAACCGACCCAUUUAGUAAAAAAUAGGGCAUUUUCAGGAUGUGUGAAACCUUGUGUUUUCCAGAGAAGUCAGAAAUAUUCCAUUCACCUUUUCACCCAGUUGUUUUCACCAGCUGUCAAGAUGAAACCAUUUCUGUUCUGUGUUUUCUGUGCAAGGUUUGUUUUUCAGGGAAUUACCAAUUUUGUUGGAAUUGGCUGAAUUAAAUUCACUAUUUUAACUCUU